AUGGCCUGGCCAAGUAUUUUUCAGAGAGGAACUCUGCUGUCCCGGUUCAGCCAUCAUCAUGUUGUCGUGUUCCUGCUCACCUUCUUCAGUUAUUCGUUGCUCCAUGCAUCAAGAAAAACAUUUAGCAAUGUCAAAGUCAGCAUCUCUAAGCAGUGGACCCCGAGUGCUUUUAACAGAUCGAUUGAACCUGUGGAGAUCUGGAGCAGCAACCACCUGUUCCCCAGUGCGGAGGAGGCCACUCUUUUCCUCGGAACCCUGGAUACGAUUUUUCUCUUCUCCUAUGCCGUGGGCCUUUUCAUCAGCGGUAUUGUUGGGGAUCGGCUUAAUUUACGAUACGUUCUAUCGUUUGGCAUGUGCUCUUCUGCAUUAGUGGUGUUUGUCUUUGGCACUGUCACAGAAUGGCUGCAUUUCUACAACAAGUGGCUGUACUGCUGCCUGUGGAUUGUGAAUGGCCUGCUGCAGUCCACAGGGUGGCCCUGUGUGGUUGCUGUCAUGGGCAACUGGUUUGGGAAAGCUGGCCGAGGCGUUGUUUUUGGUCUCUGGAGUGCCUGUGCUUCAGUGGGCAACAUUUUGGGAGCAUGCCUGGCCUCUUCUGUUCUGCAGUAUGGUUAUGAGUACGCCUUCCUGGUGACGGCAGCUGUGCAGUUUGCUGGUGGGAUCGUCAUCCUCUUUGGACUCCUGGUGUCACCUGAAGAAAUUGGUCUCCCAGGUAUCGAGGCAGAAGAAAACGUCGACGAAGACUCGCACAGACCAUUAAUCAACGAUGCUGAAAAUGAAGAUGAAUAUGAGCCUUAUUAUUCCAUUCAAGAAGGCAGUACCAUCACUCAAGUCAAGGCAAUAAGCUUUUAUCAGGCUUGUUGCCUUCCUGGAGUUAUCCCGUACUCACUCGCCUAUGCCUGCCUGAAGUUAGUGAAUUACUCCUUCUUCUUCUGGUUGCCCUUUUACCUGAGUAACAACUUUGGGUGGAAGGAGGCCGAAGCUGACAAGCUGUCCAUUUGGUACGAUGUUGGAGGGAUUAUAGGGGGAACUCUGCAAGGCUUCAUCUCUGACGUGCUACAGAAGAGAGCACCCGUUUUAGCUCUGAGUCUGCUUCUGGCAAUCGGGUCCCUGGUUGGAUACAGUCGCUCGCCAAACAACAAGUCCAUUAAUGCACUUCUGAUGGCGGUCACAGGAUUUUUUAUUGGCGGACCUUCUAAUAUGAUCAGCUCUGCUAUUUCUGCUGACUUGGGUCGCCAAGAGCUCCUCCAAGGCAGCAGCGAGGCUUUGGCGACUGUCACUGGAAUUGUUGACGGAACUGGGAGCAUUGGAGCUGCAGUGGGUCAGUAUUUAGUGUCUUUGAUCCAGGACAACCUCGGAUGGAUGUGGGUUUUCUACUUUUUCAUUCUCAUGACAAGUUGUACAAUUGUAUUUAUUUCGCCAUUAAUAGUGAGGGAAAUGCGCUCUCUUAUGCAAAGACGACAAGUUCGCAUACUAAGUGAAUGA